AUGUUAAACCCAGUUUUUGUAGUAACCAAAUUUUUUUAUCUAACAAUUAAAGAUUCUCUAGAAUCUUUACCGCCCAUAGCAAAUACUUUUGAGCUACCCAACUUGUAUGAAGUGACUACAACUGAUUUGGAAAUUAAUAGUGAAAAAGAUCCUGAAUUGGAUAUUAUUAAUACGAAGGAACCUGAAUCAGGAGCUAUUAACACGAAAGAAUCUGAAUCAAGAGCUAUUAAUAUGAAAGAACCUUUUAAUA